UAAAACUUAAGAACAAACUGGGUCAACCUAUAAAGAGAGACUAGAUAGAGAAAAAGAAGAACUUGAAAAUUUAAGGUUAGGAAGUUCGAGUUUUGAAUUUAUUCAUUACUUUUCUUUUUCCGAAAAUCUUUUGAGAAAAUGAGACAUGCUAAAUUUAUUGCUAGAACAGUUUUCGUGCACAAUAAUGAUGUAGAAGCUGCCUGCAAAAUUUUGAAUAGAAUCUUAGGAAGAGAAGAUAUUUUAGACCAAUAUCGUAGAACUCGAUUUUUCGAAAAACCAUUUCAGUUCAGAAGAAGGAUCAAUUUCGAGAGAUGUAAAUCCAUUUAUAAUGAAGAUAUGGAUAGGAAGAUUCAGUUUGUUUUAAGGAAGAACAGGAUGGAUCCUUUUCCGGGCUCAUCCUAAUAUCUGUAUGUUAUGAAAGAAUUCUUUAUGAUAGGUAGUAAUAGAUGGUGUUUUUAAAAUGCUUA